AUGAUCGUAUUAACGUGUUUCGCCCUAGUCGUUUGCAUCAAUGCUAAAGCUCUAAACAAUUCAAAAGUUACAUCAACUCCGGAUAAAAUUACUUUUUUAGAUAGUACGGAAAUUAAAAAAUCUCAAUUAUCACCAGUCUUGAAGAGGAAUGUUAAUGCACAGACGACAUCGCCAACAGUGUCGAGAAGUAUUGGUGAUUCGUCGAAAAACAAGUUGCCUGCAAUUGACAACCGAGUUGCUAUCCGAGCUGGAUCCUGUCCGCUGGGUUAUGACAGAGUGGGUGGCUUUUGUGUUCCUAGUGACUAUUGA